UAUUAACUGGCCCGUCAAUACAUUGCUAAUUUCAUAAUGGUGUUCUGUUACUUUUAACAAUAGAGAGAAUAUUAGAAAGAUUACAACUCAUUGAAAUCAUGAAGGUCAAACCGAAUAUUUAUGUAAAAACUGCUCCUCAAGAAGAUGAAAGUAAUCCACCAAGUGCUGACAAGAAUCCAUAUAGAAAAGCGCGCCGGACGACAGAAAUUUGGCUACCAGAAGCAAGUACUGCAUUCAAGUUUUUCAUGUCUGCAAAUCUUGCCUCCGCUCUUUUGAGUAAUAUAUCUGACUGUGAUGAGACUUUCAACUAUUGGGAACCUUUGCAUUACCUUAUGUACGGAAACGGUUUUCAAACUUGGGAAUAUUCACCAGCUUAUGCAAUACGAUCAUGGUCUUAUAUUAGACUGCAUUCUAUUCUGACUUGGGCCCACUUGAACUUGUUCAAUUCAAACAAGUUGCUUGUGUUUUAUUUUAUUCGGGCUAUGCUAGCACUGUUUUGCUCUUUAUCAGAGGUACAUUUUUACAAAGGUGUUGCAUUAAUGUUUGGGGGUAAUGUUGCUCGCAUGCUCUUGGUAUUUCUUACCUUUGGUUCUGGUAUGUUUAUAUCUGCUGUUGCAUUUUUGCCGAGCAGUUUUUGUAUGUAUAUGACAUUUCUAACAUUUGGUUCAUGGAUGCAGGGGCAGUUACACUUUGCUGUUCUAUCUGUGGCAGCUGGUGCUAUAAUAGGUUGGCCUUUCUCAGCUGCAUUAGGAAUUCCACUUGCGAUAGAUAUUCUUCUGCGAAGGCGUAGUUAUUUUCAGUUCGCAAAAUGGUGCUUUGUUGCUUUAGUGACUAUGCUGCUACCUUGUAUGGCAAUAGAUUCUUAUUAUUAUGGAAAACCUGUUAUAGCUUCUUUGAAUAUUGUUCAUUAUAAUGUAUUUACACAACAUGGACCAGAUAUUUAUGGGGUACAGCCAUUGUCAUACUAUUUACUAAAUGGGUUUCUCAAUUUUAAUUUGGCUUUCAUAUUAGCCAUAUUAAGUGGUGGCAUUGUUUUUAUUUCUGAACUGUUGAUCAUGUUGAAAAUCAAGGGGUACAAGCCGGCAUAUAUUAUUUUUCUAUUGUUUUUGACCCCAAUGUAUAUUUGGGUCAUGAUUUUUUUCAGUCAGCCACAUAAAGAAGAAAGAUUUCUUUUCCCAAUUUAUCCUUUGAUUUGUCUGUCCGCAUCAAUUGCAGUAGCUACUGUUCAAAAAUUAUAUUGCGUAUUUAAACUGCAUGACUAUCUAGAUUCUAGAUGGAUGUCCCUGUCAACACUAGGAAUUUACAUCAUAUUAUCGCUCUCGCGAUCAAUAGCAUUAUUCCAAGCUUAUCAUGCACCUUUGGAAGUAUAUCCGAGUUUAAUGAUGGUUUCUGAAAAUCGAAAUUAUGAGCAUCCAAAUAUGCGCGUCUGUGUUGGGAAGGAGUGGUAUCGUUAUCCAUCAAGCUUUUUUCUGCCUGCUAAUUUUAGUAUGGAAUUUAUCCAAUCCGAUUUUCGAGCUCAACUGCCCAGUCACUUUGUUGGCUUGCCUCCGGAGGGUUCAAGGCAUAUUCCGACUGAUAUGAAUGAUGCAAAUCUGGAGGAAACUUCUAGAUAUGUUGACAGCGAGUCCUGUCACUUUCUUGUUGAUUUGUCAAUUUCAAAAUACUCAAUUAAUGAACCAAAUUAUGCACUGCAUUCCAAAAAUUGGAAACUUCUGAAAUCUGUAGCUUUUCUUGAUGUUUCACAGUCGCAUAAUAAAAUAUUUAGAGCUUUUUAUAUUCCUUAUAUUUUUGAGACCAGAAACCAAUUUGGAAAUUAUGUUUUGCUUCAAUCAAAGAAAAACAAGUUGCCAGAAAAGUGACCUCAAAUUAAAUUUUAUUGAGGUCUAUAUGUUAGUUGCAUCACCCUGACUUUUAAGAUAAAAAUGAAACAAGGGUUUGGAGUCAACAGGCAACCAUACUCUCUAUAUAUAUGCUUUGAUUGAUUGCUUUAGCACGCUAACUAGUUGUUGAUGUCUACUUUUUUAUCUUGCUGGAUUGUUUCAUUUUGUCCAGGUUAUUUAAUUAACACUUGUUUGUCAGUUUGGAUAUCUUUGAUUUAUUCAUGUUAUGAGGGUUUUUUGUUUUCGUCGAAAAAUAAAUUAUUUCAUAUAUUUAAUGCUA